GGAGGCUCGACAUGCGGAUGGCGCGGCUGCUGCGGGGAGCCUCCUGGGCCCGCCUGGGCCUGGGGCCGCGCGCCUCCUGGCUCAGAACCAGGCGCAGCCUCACCUCGGACUCGGGCUCCGCUCCCGCGGCUGAACGCAGCGUUCCGUGCCAAGUGGACUUCUAUGCGCGUUUCUCGCCGUCUCCGCUCUCCAUGAAGCAGUUUCUGGACUUUGGAUCUGUGAAUGCCUGUGAAAAGACCUCAUUUAUGUUUCUACGACAAGAGUUGCCUGUCAGACUGGCAAACAUAAUGAAAGAAAUAAGUCUCCUUCCAGAUAACCUUCUCAGGACGCCAUCUGUUCAGUUGGUACAAAGCUGGUAUAUCCAGAGUCUUCAGGAGCUUCUUGAUUUUAAGGACAGAAGUGCUGAAGAUGCUAAAGCUAUUUAUGACUUUACAGAUACUGUGAUACGGAUCAGGAACCGACACAAUGAUGUCAUCCCCACCAUGGCCCAGGGUGUGGUUGAAUAUAAGGAGAGCUUUGGGGUGGAUCCUGUCACCAGCCAGAAUGUUCAGUACUUCUUGGACCGUUUCUACAUGAGUCGCAUUUCUAUUAGAAUGUUACUCAAUCAACACUCUUUAUUGUUUGGUGGUAAAGGCAAAGGAAGCCUCUCUCAUCGGAAACACAUUGGAAGCAUAAAUCCAAACUGUAACGUAGUUGAAGUCAUUAAAGAUGGCUAUGAAAAUGCUAGGCAUCUAUGUGAUUUAUAUUACAUUAGCUCUCCUGAACUGAAACUUGAAGAACUAAAUGCAAAAUCACCAGGACAACCAAUACAAGUGGUUUAUGUACCAUCCCACCUCUAUCACAUGGUGUUUGAGCUUUUCAAGAAUGCAAUGAGAGCAACCAUGGAGCACCAUGCUGACAAAGGAGUUUACCCCCCUAUCCAGGUUCACGUCACACUAGGUAAUGAGGAUUUGACUGUGAAGAUGAGUGACCGUGGAGGGGGUGUUCCUCUGAGGAAGAUUGACAGACUCUUCAACUACAUGUAUUCCACUGCACCCCGCCCUUGUGUUGAGACGUCUCGAGCAGUGCCCCUGGCUGGUUUUGGUUAUGGAUUACCCAUAUCUCGGCUUUAUGCACAGUACUUCCAAGGAGACCUAAAGCUGUAUUCCCUGGAAGGCUAUGGGACAGAUGCAGUUAUUUACAUUAAGGCUCUGUCAACAGACUCCAUAGAAAGACUCCCAGUAUACAACAAAGCUGCCUGGAAGCAUUACAACACCAACCACGAGGCUGAUGACUGGUGUGUACCCAGCAGAGAACCGAAAGACAUGACUACGUUCCGCAGUGCCUAGAGACCCUUGGGAUACCUGGGAAACCCAAACAUGGCUUUUGCACUGAAUUUGGAAG